AUGGCUGCCCUGGGCACCGUCAACCCAGCCGCCUUGCGGCGAAGCGCCUUCUUGGGCACGCCCGCAAACGCGCAGAGCGCGCCCGGCUCGCUGGCGCUGCCCCCUCCCGCGCGCGGUGCCGUCAGGAUCGAGGCCGCCCAGAAGCUGCUGGGGACCGUGGUGUCGAUGAAGAUGCAGAAGACGGCGGUGGUUGAGGUCGUGAGGCAGGUGCCGCACCCGCGGUACAUCAAGCGCGUGCGCAAGUCGAAGAAGUACUUCGCGCACGACGAGGAGGAGGAGUGCAGGGUGGGGGACUACGUGGAGAUCAGCCCCACGCGGCCCAUCAGCAAGCACAAGACGUUCAUGGUCUCGAACAUCAUACGGAGGGCCAGCUGA